UCUCAACUCUACGUAUAAAUUCAUCAGCACGCACCGUUUCACAAAAUCAUACUUAUUAAAUUCAACCAAGUAAACAUCCGAUACAUCUCAUUUCAUAUUUUCUUUACUAUCCAAGAAAAAGGAAGAAGACGAAAAUGUUGGCUAUAUUCCACAAAGCGUUUGCUCAUCCCCCGGAAGAGCUGAACAGCCCUGCUUCCCAUAAGGUCGCCAAGAAGCCUAAGCUCCCGGAGGAAACUCUUGACGAGUUUCUCUCUUCACACCCCACUAACACUUUCUCUAUGAGCUUUGGGGAUACCGCAGUUCUUGCCUAUGUCCGGCCUGAUCGCUGUUCCUUUCUUCAUCACAACCAGAGGUUAUUCUGCGGGUACGAUGACAUAUACUGUCUUUUCAUGGGGAGUUUGAACAAUCUGUGUGCACAAAUCAAGCAGUAUGGACUAUCAAGAAAUGCCAAUGAGGCUAUGCUUGUGAUUGAGGCUUACAGGACACUCCGGGACCGUGGUCCCUAUCCGGCAGACCAAGUCAUUAAGGAACUCGAAGGGAGCUUCGCCUUCGUAGUCUACGACAGCAAAGUCGGAACCGUUUUCACCGCACUGGGCUCUGAUGGUGGAGUCAAGUUGUACUGGGGCAUUGCUGCCGAUGGCUCCGUGGUGAUUUCUGAUGAUUUAGAAGUGAUCAAAGCAGGCUGCGCCAAGUCAUUUGCGCCGUUUCCAGCAGGUUGCAUAUUCCAUAGCGAGGCGGGGCUUAUGAGCUUUGAGCAUCCUAUGAAUAAGCUGAGGGCGAUGCCGAGGGUGGAUAGUGAAGGGGUGAUGUGUGGGGCUAACUUCAAGGUUGAUCUAUAUUCCAGAGUUAACAGCAUUCCCCGUGUCGGGAGUGAGGCCAAUUGGGCUCCCUGGAAUUCGAAUGAGUCGUAAUUUUAGUUGGAUCGAGAUGGUGAAUUUCUUUGUUUGUCAUUUGAUGUUGGUUUUUCUUUUUGCUUGUUCCGUUUUUGGCCAAGCAAGUGUGUAAAUGGGCAUUAGAGGGAAGAUCUGGUAUCCAGGAAACCAAAUUGAUGGAUAAGACUCUAUCCCUUUGCCUGUGAGGUUUCUUGUCUAGAUAAUGAUGUAACACAAGAAACCAAGAAUCUUUGUAUGGUUUAAUAACUUGGACAACCGCACAAUGUUUCAUUACACUGUUCUCACCCUUGGAAAAGGGGGUGUUCUUGUA